AAUUGGAAGCAGCAGGGAGUGAAGCAGCAUCUGUAUGAGGCGAGAGAAACAACCUGCAUGGAAUGGAGGAGCGCUAAAGCAGCACUGUCGCUGUCGUCAAGACUCCCACCGCCUCCACCACUGCUGCCACUCUGGAUUCAGUAUUGAUGGAAGAUGCUCAGAGCAGCUCUGUGAUGCCCAAGGAACCAGCUGUGUGGAUCCAGUGCCACCUCUGAUAUGAUGCUGAGAGCCGGAGGAGCAGCCACCUCUCUCGCGCUGCUGCUGCUGCUGCCGUUGCUGUGCUGCUGCCACCUGUGCCACUCACUGCGGGUUCCAAAACUCUCCUCCUUUGCAAAAGCUGAGGACAAACUAUUCAAAUACCUCUUUGGAAACUACCAGAAAUGGGUGCGUCCAGUGGAAUACCUAAACCAGACGAUCCGUGUGAAGUUUGGACUGGCCAUCUCCCAGCUAGUUGAUGUGGAUGAGAAAAAUCAGCGAAUGACAACCAAUGUGUGGAUGAAACAGGAGUGGACUGACAGGAAACUCAGAUGGAACCCUGAUGACUAUCUGGGCAUCACAAUUAUCCGAGUCCCUUCUGACAGGAUCUGGCUUCCUGAUGUUGUCCUAUAUGAUAAUUCAGAUGGGCGUUUUGAGGGUACUGUCACCAAGGCUGUCGUUAAGUAUGAUGGAACCAUAUCAUGGACGCCACCAGCCAAUUACAAGUCAGCCUGUACCAUUGACGUCACCUUCUUCCCUUUUGACCUUCAGAACUGUUCAAUGAAGUUUGGCUCCUGGACAUAUGAUGGCUCCCAGGUGGACAUCAUUCUGGAGGACUUUCAUGUCGACAAGAAAGACUAUUUUGACAAUGGUGAAUGGGAGAUAGUGAAGGCCACAGGCAGCCGUGGUGUGAGGACAGACGGCAGCGCUUCCUAUCCCACCAUCACCUACUUCUUCAUCAUUCGCAGGUUGCCUCUUUUCUACACCCUCUUCCUCAUCAUCCCCUGCAUUGGCCUUUCCUUCCUCACCAUCCUCGUCUUCUAUCUGCCCUCCAACGGCGGCGAGAAGAUCUCUCUCUGCACCUCAGUCCUGGUGUCACUCACGGUUUUCCUCCUGGUCAUCGAGGAAAUCAUUCCUUCCUCUUCGAAGGCUAUCCCGCUCAUCGGGGAGUACCUGGUCUUCACCAUGAUCUUCGUCACGCUCUCCAUCAUCAUCACUGUCUUUGCCAUUAACAUCCACCAUCGCUCCUCUUCUACACAUCAUGGCAUGGCACCCUGGGUGAGGAGGAUCUUCCUGCAUCGACUGCCUAAGCUGCUGUGCAUGCGCAGCCAUGCGGACCGUUACGCCCCAGCCGGAGUAAAAAGAGCAGGAGGACAGUUUAUGAAUAAGGACCUAAAACCUGAACUGACACCUCUGCUCUACACCAGACAUAACCUACAAGCAGCUUUGGAUUCUAUUCGCUACAUAACCAUGCAUGUGGUUAAAGAAAAUGAGGUCAGAGAGGUGGUUCAAGACUGGAAAUUUGUAGCCCAGGUCCUGGAUCGAAUGUUUCUUUGGGCCUUCCUGCUGGUGUCCAUCCUGGGCUCUGCUCUCCUCUUCAUCCCGGUUAUUUACAAAUGGGCCAGCAUCAUCGUCCCUGACCACAGUGGCAGUAUCCUCUAAGAGCCACAGUUCAACUAGACACAAAUGGAGGCAAAGCACAUUAACAGCUCAUUAUGGGUCUUAUUUGAGAUUUGGAAGACUGAGAUGCUGUGAUUACCACUCAGAUGCAGUCCUGCUCUGCUUAUCCACAGUCAUUCUGUAUGCCACAGCGGUGCCAGAGAUCAAGCUGCAGAUUUGGGGGCCUUGUUUGCUGAGUGUAUUACAGACUUUUUUUCCUCUGCUUGUUUGUUUUAGAGAGAUUUUGAAUUCUGUAUUUCUGAGUUUAAAGAUGAAUUAUUAAAAGACUCAAUAUAUGUAUUACAUAUGAUAUGAAAAUCG